CAUACCUAAUCUCGCUUUAGUGAACUAUGCUUUCAAUUCUUCUUCUUCAAGGCAAUAGGCUCAUUCGUUGACUCAAGAGUCUGCACACCAUCGAACAUGCUGUGUGUGCUCAAUUAGUAUUUGGGGAUUUGGAUAUUCUCUUGAAGCCUUUUCUUCUUCGAUCUCUUUGAUCUCAUUCAUUGCAAGAGAGGAAAAUAUGAAGCAGGAUUCGGUUCAGGCACCAAAUUGCGAAGAUUUCCGACAUGUAUCUUCAACCGCCAAGUUCAAACGCCAAGACGCACCAAAUUGGAAAGCUUCCCGGCCACUCGUCAAUAGCAUUUCUCCUAUGUCAGUGGUGCGCUUCAUUAUCAGAGCUCUAUCAUUUGUCUGUGAGGUGCUACUUUUGCUGCUUGCAGUCGCAACUCGUCUUGUCAAGAUCAUCGGUGUUGCUCUAACAGCUUAUGGAGGAUCAGGUAAGAAGAAAGUCAACAGCAGCAAGCAGGGAAGAGAUCAUCUGAGCCAUAAAGAAGGCACUACCAACAUACACAACAUGCACAAAGGGGAUCAAAGCUUACCCAACACCUCUGCUGUUACAACCAACACUUUUGACGACCAUAUUCUUCGUUCUGCCGGAACUGAAAAGCACUCUAGUAGCGUUAACAAUGGUACUGAGGAUGCCUUUAUAAACUCAGGAGGCGGACAUCAAUACUUCAAGGAGGCGGAGUUCAACACUGGUGUGUAAGUUGCCAAGGGGAGACACGCUCCUUGCAGUGGUAACAAUGGGACUAAAAGUUCUUUUCGCAACUCUAGUUCGGGAAACCAGGAUUUCGGAAAAGCUAAGUUUAACACUGGUGCUAAUUACAACUAAUUUAUAUAAGACCUUCCUCUUGGAGGGGCUGGGCUUCCAAAACAUACAUAAUAAUCAUAGGUAUGGGGAAUAAAAAACACUAGUGCUCAUUUGUGACUCAUGCGUAAGAUGUGUGUAUGUAUGUUGUUAUAUGCUAAUAAUUAUAUAUGAUACUGGAGCUAGAGCUCUGUGUACUGUAACUGUAAUGGCGAUGUAAUCCAUUUCAAUUAUAUAUGCUUUUAUAAUUAUA